AUGUCUGACUCACGACUUUAUUCAUUCUCUCCAGAGACAAAGGAGAAGCUGCGCAAAUUCCGUUUAGGCACAUCGAGAGCCAAGGAUGCGCAGGCUGUCAUCUAUAUCAUUGAUGCAAAGACCCAAGAGAUCCGGCCACAGGACGACACAGUCUACACCAAGAUGGAAGAUCUAGCCGAUGAUCUUCCCGAAUCCUCACCCCGCUUCAUCCUUCUCAGCUACCCAUUGACUACGAAAGACGGACGCCCCUCAGUCCCUUACGUUCUCCUCUACUGGCUACCAGAGAACUGCAACCCGAUGCAGCGCAUGUCGUAUGCUAACGCAGUGGAGCUGAUGCGCAGCAGCGCACAAGUCAACCGUGUGAUCGAGGUGGAGUCCGACGACGAUAUCGUCAAGAUCCAGUCCAAGCUGACCGGCACGGACUAA